AUAAAUUUAAAUGAAAAAACAAAACACUAGGAGAAAAACAAAAGAUAAGAAGUCACUUUAUAAAGACAAAACUCCAGAAGACUCAUUUUGAAAAGGAACAAAAACAAACUUUGUCAUGAUCUUCUUUUGGUCUCUGCUGUUACUAUUUAACAGGGCCCUGGGGGCUCUGCCCAAUGUGCCUGACUGCCACGCAGCACAGGAUGCACCAUUCGAUACAACCAAUCCAAUCAGUCUCUUCGGCGUGACCCAUGAGAUAAGCAACAAGGCAACACCUCAAAGAACUGGUAACCUGAGGCAAAGGGGACCUCUGCCCACUGGUCACUUUGCCACUAACCACAUCAAGAACAAAGACAUAUGGCCCAUUAUUCAAACUCCAUAUCAAGUGCUGCUGACUAAUCAGGGAUCAGUGCUUGAUGCUAACCCCAUGAAUCGAUGGAGUGACCCCAAACGAACCGACUUCAUGGAGCAGCAGUCUGCAUGGGAACAAGGAAAGCCAUGGAACAAGCUGAAUGACAUGGGAUCCAAUCUGAGGCAGAUGACUUCUGGGCCAGACGGAACGCCUUUGGCGGGAUUUUCUGGCAAGUCUGGUGUCAGAGUGUCUAUACAUGGUGCUGGUGAACCGGAACUGACUGCGUUUGGAGAGCUUUAUGCAAAUUUUAUCUACCACGGCAAUGGCGGUUCGAUGGAAGUGCCAGUUGUAAGGGGGGCCGCCUUAAUGACCCACGUCCUCAAGGGCGCCAACCCGGUAGUCAAGCCAUACUGCCUGAGCUCCAUCAACAGACACAAUACAAACUUUGAUUGUCCGGUGAUGCCUUCAGCCGGAGACGGGGGUAGUGGCAACAUUGACGGAGAAUGUCACGGCGGAACGUUGACGAUCACGCUCCACAACAGCAAAGUUGUCUCUGAUUUGUCCUUGAUACAGUGGGCAGCCGAGCCUAAAAGUAACUGGGGCAGAACUUUCAUGCGAAGCUGUGAUGCCGCUCACUGCACGGCUGAAGAUGGCGGCAAAACUGUUAAAAUUAGAAUCCCCAACUCAUCAGGAACAAUGAGCUUCGCAGUUAACUAUAUUGGGCACUACUUGGUACCCCAGGACUGGACCAACCACCCUGCAGAGACCACUUGCUCCGGCAGGAGACAGGCCAGAGCGCCGGGGGAUAUCUCCCUGACCGCCACUUGUACUGCAUCCCACGACCUCACAAUAGACGUCAAUCUUGGCCCAGAAGCUUUCCCCGGUCUCGACCAUUUUCAGUACGCUUUAGAAACUGCCACCACUUGGCAUACUGGGUUCACUCCUGGAAUGCACGUGUGUACGCCCUCCACUUGUCAGCACACCGGAAGUCACGUGAUUAUUAAAACCAAAGCCCCAUCCAACGACUACAAGUUGGCUGUAAACAUCGUCGGCAUUACUACAUUGCCCCGUGGUGCAUGGCUAGAGCAGCCUUACCAAGGUAAGUGUGACGGCUCUACUGUGACAGACGGCUCAGGCAGCCCCCAGGGCACCCAGCAGCCGCCCGCCCACACCCAAAGCCCGGUGAACGUCAACUACGCCUACACCGCUGGGGACAUCAACGCCUUCAACACGAAGUUCGUCAUGGAGCUGAGUGAGCCGGGCAACGAGCUCCCCAACCAGAGCCGCAAGUUCAUCUUGUACUUCUCCAGCCCAGUUAGGGCAAGGAUAGACCAGGGCGCCCAGGAGAUCACCUUCGAGCCCCAAGCUGGCGGCCAGUACAACGGGCUGCUACAGGUGGCGUACGCAGGCGCUUCGCCCAGGGGCGACGGGUCUCAGGUCAACUUCUUCGACAAGUACGCGGGUGUAUAUUCCCACAACCCGGAAGUGAAAUAUUGCGUCAGCAGGUCAAGAAACAAGGGGUACGUCAGCUUCGACUGGCACCCCGUGGACGCUAGUGGCUCUCCUGCAAGAUCAGGGACGCUGCUGAUGGCCACAAUGCCCCACCAGGCUCUUAUUUUAUCUAGGACACACCAGCUGGUGGAUACACCAUUCACGUUUAAAGGCUACGAAGGAAAUGAUUGGCUAAUGGAGUAUGACGUGCUACACACGGAAGUCGACCCUGACCCCGCAGGUGUGGCUAAGGUCAGGGCUAACCCAGCACAAUUGCAGGCUGUGUUGGCCGCCAUCGAAAGAGAUGCCCAGAACGAGAACUUGGACGCCAUUUGCGCCCACACGGACAGCUACAAUGGCGGGAAAGGCAUUGGGAUGGUGACCAGGCUUGCUAGUCUGUCCCGCGCAUUUAACACAAACCAUUACACCAAGCUGGAGAACUCUAUCAGAAGCUGUCUAGAGAAAUGGCUGCGGAUUACAGACACCCUAGACGACAUGUGGAAGUUCCACUAUGACGAUGUUUGGGGCGGCCUUUUCCUUAGAGCCACCGGUGACGCUGGCGUGGACUGGGGAGUGGACUACGGAUUCCCUUACUACAAUGACCACCACUUUCACUUGGGCUACUUCCUCUACGCCAUGGCCUACUACGUGAAGCACAACAGAGCCUGGGGUGACGCUCACAGGGCGGCUAUAUACGCCCUAGCCAGAGAUGUGGGCAACCCUAGCUCCCGAGAUGCCAACUUCCCUGUGUCGAGACAGAAAGAUCUCUACACGGGCUUCUCUUGGGCCUCUGGUCUUGUGCCAGGUAUUAGACAAGAGGAGUCAGCAUCAGAAGGCAUCAACUGCUACCACGGUUUAGCUGCACUAGGUGAUGCCUUCAAUGACGACAACAUGAGACAAACCGGACAGAUCUUGUUGGCACUUGAAGUCGCUUCUGUCAGAGAAUAUUGGCAGGUACGAAGCCAUAACCGCAACCAUUUCCCUCCAAUCCUGCAAAACUUUGGCGUAGUGGGAAUGAUCACUGAGUCCGAUUUCUACGCCUACACUUUAAACUGGCCCUGCGACCCUAACAUAUUCCCUCAGCGUCAUGGAUGUUUGGUUGGCAUUCAAGUGAUCCCUAUAACAGCGGUCUCCAAGUAUUGGAUGGAUCACGAAUGGGCCCAGAGUAUACAGCACACAUGCGAGUCAGCCAUCAGUCCAAGUUCAAACCCGUCUUAUCAUUUGGCUGAAAAAACUCCAGACUUUAUGAGGCCUUUGGGUGUGGGUUGGCAAGCUUUCUGUUAUGCUGCAAUGGCUCCACUGGACGACGCCCACGCCACUGCCGCUGCCAACUACGUCAAAGACAGGCGCCCUCAAGAUCUUGUUGGCGGCACUGGGGCUGCAAGCACCCUGCUGUUCAUAUACGCCAGUACUUAAUAAAGCAGUCAUGCGAUCUUC